AAAUUUGCCGGGAAAUCUGAGUUUCGCGGGAGGAGUACUUCGCGAGUAAACCGUAUCCCUUCAUUCAUAGCCCGCUUCCUGAAGUCAUUUCGAGGGACGAAGGCAGAAGAUCUGUCUUAAUAUAAUCCAUUGCAUCUGCCUACAUGCACUGUCGUUACGUUACCUACCUUAUACAAAUCGACAAUCAGGACUUUCAUUUAUUCAUUGGUAGCAAUAUUUUUGAAUUUGUUGCACUGGAUUAACUAAUACGGAGCAUCAAACUAAAGCGGGACAAAGGAUACCCGUUUUCACAAAGAUGAGGAAAGGGAUCUCGACAGCCCGGGACAAAGUAGUUAUAGCAGGGGUUGGGGGCUCAACAUUGGACAAAAAUGCAAUAUUGACUGCAUUGUCCGACCGAUUGACUACUAAUUUUACCACUGCCACUUAUAUACAAAUUAUAACUCCGCCGCCUUGUUUUACACAGACAACAAAUGUCUGUAUAUCACAACCUCCCAGUGGUAAUAUUUAUUCAACUCCGCAUGGAACAAACGGUGUUGGACAGCGACCCACACUAGGACGUCCACGGGUGAAAAGGAGAUUGGCGUUGGAUGAGUCUGACCAGACUUACCCCAUUGAGGGAGCCAAGAACCUCAGAGGCCGAGGUGGGGGUCGAGGUGGAGGCCGAGCCAGACACGGAGCUGCAGUGCCAGAACUCAGGAGCCCCAAAACUCCGAAGUCUCCUGCUGAGAAGACGCGCUAUGACACCUCGCUGGGCCUCUUGACCAAGAAGUUUGUGGAUCUUCUUGGCCAGUCGUCCGACGGAGUCCUUGACCUGAACCAGGCGGCUGAGAUCCUCAACGUCCAGAAGAGGCGACUGUAUGACAUCACUAACGUGCUGGAGGGAAUCCACCUUAUCAAGAAGAAGUCCAAAAAUAACAUUCAGUGGAUGGGUUGCAGUCUUUCCGAGAGUGGCGGAACUUUGAACCAGCGCCAGAGGCUGACUGAGGAGUUGUCUGACCUGGGCCUGGAGGAGGGCAGGCUGGACCAGCUGAUCCAUGACUGCAGCCUGGAUGUCAAACAGCUGACCGAGGCGACACACAACCAGAAGUUUGCAUACGUGACGUACCAGGACAUCCGCCAGCUGGGUAACCUUGAUGACCAGACGGUGAUCGUGGUGAAGGCCCCUUCAGACACCAAGCUGGAAGUUCCUGACCCGGAGGAGAGUCUGUCCGUCCAUCUCACCAGCACUAAGGGGCCCAUAGAUGUGUUUUUGUGUCCUGAUGAGAACACACCCAGCAGCCCGGUCAAUCAAGCCGGACUCGACGGCAAUGGCAACCCACCCUUCCUAAAAGUGUUGGAAGAGUCUGCCGAGAACUCCUGCAAGAGCGGCAGCAGCGACGGCGUGGGCCGCAGCAUCCCUGCCACCCCUGCGGUGUCUGUGACCAGCCUGUCCCCCAUCACCUCCCCAUUCACCAGCCUGCUGCAGCAGACAGAUGACCAGAUGGCUCUGGGAGGGCCCUUCCUCAACCUGUCCCCCCCCCUGCUCAACGAGGACUAUAUGCUCAGUCUGGGGGAGGACGAGGGGAUCAGCGACCUGUUCGACGCCUACGACUUUGACAAGCUACCCCUGGAGGAAUACCUGUGUAACUGAGGACGUGGAGACCAUGGGGAGGAAUGUACUAGAACUGAGGAUGGAGAUGUGACCUGGAGAGUGGAGAUGAUGGGUGUGGUCUCCUCUUGUAGAUUCUACUUAUCUGCCUUGAAGUGAAGGAGAGACUGGCCCCGCUGAGAGACACUAGCCUAUUCUGUUUGAGGCUAACCUUAGGAGAGAGGGGUGGAUAAUUGAACAUAUUGUAGGCCAAAUGAAAGCUAGUCUCUUCCCUCUCUCCUUGUGCUUGCCUCGCUGGUGUGACAAUAGCCCAACGCCACUCACUGACCUGCCGUCAGAAACGGGAAACUGCCUUAUCAAACCAUGCCCUGAAAACCCAAAUACUGGGUGAGUUUUUUUGGAACUGUGUGAAGUCCUGUUGUGUGCAUGAUUCACUUUUCUGUGCAAUAGAACCAGUGGAAAAGUCCCAACAGUGCAAACCAUCUAACAUAUUAGACGGGCUCAAGAAGAACGUCACAUUUCCCAUCCAAACAAACCGACUUUGCCGGUCAAACGUAUAAAUGUGCCUCUGCAGCUUGUAGGACAAUUCUUUUGGCGGCUCGCUCAGUAGUAAGUGAUGUGCAGCAGUCUUGUGAGUAGGAAGACUGAACAGUUAUGUGAGAGUUCCUGUGUUAAACAAAGGGAUCUCAUAGAACAGUGCAUCACUUGGUUUUGCACACAAUGCUAUGUGUUCAUGGGUGUAUGUGUUGAAAUGCAUAACCUAAUUACAUGUAAUUUCAUGAAUUGACAGGAAAUGGUCUUAAUGAUGGGACAGAGUUGUCUGAAUAAGUAGUAGAUCUAUGCCCUGCCUGAUGUUCAGUGUAAGGUGAGAGAGGUGGCCCGUACUACAGUAUAAGCCAUGAGUAAAUAACGGUACAAUGUUCAGAUGUUGUCUUUGUGUACUCGGAAUCACAGACUACCUCGGGCUCUAGAUGCAUUUUCUAAUAUUCAAUGCUUGACCAGAAGGGGGGGGGGGGGGGUAUUUCAGCUUCCUGUUUCCUUGCUGUUGCUUCCUGUUUGUUUCACAACUGAUCAAAAAAAGUGAGUUUAAGGAUUUUUAGCAUUUAUUGUAUGUAGAAAUAAAAUGAUCGGAUUAGAUGUAUUUUGUAUGUUUGAAUGCUAUACAGCGUUUUAGGCAUGUAUGAUGAAUGAAACAAUUUUAUAUAAAUUAUAAAAGUACCCAAACAUUUUCUCUUGUUAGAUUUUGACAUUGAAGACAUGUUUUCUACUUUGUUUGAAAUUCACCAAAAGCAUAAUAAAAGCAAUAUUUUAUCAAA